AUGAAAUCGCUACUCUUCGGACUUCUGCUCGUAUCGAUGGCUUUGGCCGGAGGACUGGGUCCUGCUGGUGAGGCGAGAGUCCGACGGGGAGGUGAUGGGAAGGUGAAACGAGAUGUGAUCGAUGAUUUGAGAAGAUUCCCUGGAAAACGUGACGUUAUGGAUGAUUUGAGAAGAUUCCCCGGAAAACGGGAUGUGAUGGAUGACUUGAGAAGAUUCCCUGGAAAACGUGAAAAUCGUGUAAUGGACGAUUUGAGAAGAUUCCCGGGCAAGCGUGAUGUGAUGGAUGACUUGAGAAGAUUCCCCGGUAAACGUGAUGUGCUGGAUGACUUGAGAAGAUUCCCCGGUAAACGUGAUGUGCUGGAUGACUUGAGAAGAUUCCCCGGUAAACGUGAUGUGCUGGAUGACUUGAGAAGAUUCCCCGGUAAACGUGAUGUGAUGGAUGACUUAAGACGGUUCCCAGGCAAGCGUGACGUGAUGGAUGAUUUGAGAAGAUUCCCUGGAAGACGU